CGUUGUUAUCAUGAAGAAGCAAGGAUGUUCAGUCGGCGACUCGGGGGCUACAGCUCCGAUGAGUUUGUGAAAUACAGGAUUUAAAAGCAGGGAACGUGCAAAGCCAUUUCUGCUCAGAUGAACUCACCCAAGCAAAUAAUCCCAAAAAUGGACUCCAGAAGUGUAAUCGUCUUUGGCCCUACUGGCGCAGUUGGCUCUGCAGUUGCUCGUACAGCGGCCGCCCUCGGCGCAAAAGUAACUCUUGCCAUGCGAAACACCUCCAAGCAAAUCGCAGGCCUGACAAGCGCAGAAGAACUGAGUAGUGGGUACAAAAGAGUUUAUGCGGACCUUGCCGAUCCAGAUUCUCUCCGUGUCGCGGUGACUGAGGCGGGUGCUUCCCAUGCCUACAUCUAUGCAAUGUUUCAAGACUCCUCCGACCAUAUGCGGCCGAGUGCUGAAGCCCUCAAAGCUGCAGGAAUUAAAUUUGUAUGCCUCUUGAGCAGUUUCAGCGUCCAGGGUGAUAUUCGUGCUAUCCAGCCCAGCGACCCGAUUGCAUUCGGACAUGCUCAGGUGGAAGUCUCCCUCCAAGAGGUGUUUGGACCUCAAGGAUAUGUGGCAAUUCGCCCAGCAUUCUUUGCUAGUAAUACUCUCUGGUGGAGAAGUCAGCUCUUGGAAGGAAACGAGGUCAAGUUUCCUUUUCCAGAACUGAAACUUGAUUACAUUUCACCAGAGGAUAUUGGUGCAGUCUGUGGAACUAUUUUGGCCGUGGACAGCGGAAAGGAAACCGCCGUUGCGUUGGUUGGGCCGGAAGAGCUGUCCGUCUCUGAUGCAAUAGAGAUAAUUGGGCGAGCCAUUGAAAAGGAGGUUAAGGUAACUAAAGUUAGUCAGGAAGAGGGUAUACGGAUCCUAGUCACAAAGAGUGGAUUGCCGGAAGCACUAGCAAAUAUUUUGUCGAAUCAAUUCGCAUAUUUGAACGACAAUCAAGGCUACCUGCAAACACCACAGUUUGAGGAAGCGAGAAGAAAUAUUGAAAAGUAUCUUAAGCGGCCACCAAUGAGAUUCUCAGAGUGGGUGGACCGGAACAAAGAGAAAUUCACCGCUCCUUAACACUAUCCGACCUUCAUUACAUCAAGCUUAUCGCCAAUGCACAGUUUUUACAUCAAUUUGACAGGACGACGCCGCAGACGGCAUGUGGUUUCAUGAAGCCGCUCUCAGUUUCAUAUCAUCAGAAGGGCAAUACUGUCGACAGAAGGCAAGAUAUCUCCCUUGGCUUUGUUUCAAUAUGAGUACCUGUACAUUUCCUUAUGUAUCUUUGUUUCUUGUUGAUACUGAUUACCUGUAAUGAAGAGAAUCAUAAUAGUUAGGUAAUAUAUUCUUGUCUGUUUUCG